AUGCAGACAGACAAUCCCCUCACCAUACGUGGCCGCUACACUUUACAUUGCCUCAUAGGAAAAGGGGCCUUCGCGAAGGUGUGGAAAGCAGCAGAUGAAGUAACAGGUGGUUUUGUGGCACUCAAGCAGUUGGAGCCUAAGGGCAAAAAGAAAGCUGUUGACCAGGGAUUUAUCAAGGAAGUGAUGUCUGAGAUAAACCUUUUGUCUAAACUGAACCACUCCAACAUAGUGAAGUACCGGGGGUGCUUCUUAGAGCAGAAUUACCUUUAUAUUAUUCUAGAAUUAGUAGAUUUUGGCUCUUUGCAGACGUUAAUUAAGCAAUAUGAUGAUUUGGGAGAAAAUGUGGUAGCAUGCUAUAUUUACCAAAUAUUGUUGGGACUUAAAUAUCUACACGAGCAGGGCAUAAUCCACAAAGAUAUUAAGGCGGCAAACAUUUUGAUGACCUCUUCUGGACUUUGCAAACUGACUGACUUUGGCCUCUCUCAACGGCUUCAAGAUGUGGAUCCGACCGUCGUCGAGGGGUCUCCUUAUUGGCUUGCCCCAGAGGUGAUCAACGAAGAGGGUGUAUCCACUAAGUCUGAUGUCUGGUCCUUAGGUGCCACGAUGAUUGAGCUACUAACUAAGAAGCCGCCCUUUCACAACCUUACGGGGUUUGCAGCAAUGUAUAACAUUGCAACGCUCACGGAGAUGCCGCUUCCCCCCAACAUCUCCCCCGAGUGCGCAGAUUUCCUUUCGUGCUGCUUCAAAAUUGAUCCGCAUGAGCGGCACAGUUGUGCUGAGCUUCUGAAUCACCCGUGGCUCAUCAAAAAUGCAAACAGCCUUAUGAGGCAAAAGCAGCUUGUUGGCCCAAGAGAGUCAGCAAAGCUUACAUUGACCAAUAACAUGCUCCCACCACCGAAAGGCUUUUCGCUACCAGGAUCACCCAAGGAGUCGAGCAGAAGAUCAAGCAGAGAAUCGAGCACAGGGAAAGAUGUUCAAGCACUCCCGCCCACCAAGGAGCCCAAUUCCAGCACUUUAGACAUGCACACAUUACAGAAUCCAAGCUAUCCAAAAUCAACAAGCCCAAAGGUCUCGGAAAAGCCCCUCUCAAAGUCCUCUGUCAGACACAACGCAGGCUCCUCGGCUCCACAGUUUUCCAGCCUUACACAUGACACCUUGGCCACACGACUUGAAACUGUGAGGACAAGGCGUCUGGAACGGGACUUUGAGCGCUCAGAAUCUCUUUUCGGAGCAGAUCCGCUCAUAAAUAUCCAGACAGAUUCCAUUUUAAGCAUCAACUCUGACAGUGAUGACCUAACUCUCUUUCCAGACAUCCAGGACCUCAGCGACGACAACAAAUACAAUUCCCUGAUCGGGACUAUGAGCAAUGAUAUCUUAGACGUUUCUUGCAAGGAACCCCCGGGCCAAGACUCUGUAAUUAUUGACGGAGUUAUGCGACACACCUUUAUGAGCAAUAUCCUUAUGACUCCCAAGAUUAACAAGAAAGCAAUAAAGCAGCAUCUCCGCAUACUAGAGAAGAACGUCUUUGCAUCAUAUUCCAUAAUAGACGCACACAAGUUACUAAAAGCAAUCUCAACUUCGCAGAAGCGUAAGAAGCUCUCCUGCAUCUUUAGAGGUCAUAUGUUUCCCCAGAAACAGCAAGAGGCUAUUGCUGAUGGUAGCGGAGGGCACCAAAACCCUACCAACGGGGAAGAGGAUCCCUCACCCUUCUUGCCAUAUGAAUUGGACCUAGAGAGUCUGCAGCCAACGGAGACAGCGGGGGUCCUAAUCUCAAACAUAAUGGAAAAGCGUGGCUUCUUGUCUGUGAUACAACACAUUGAUAACAUUCUAAUCAAUAUAGAGAACUCUUCAUUGGCUUCGUCCAUGGAUCACUUCAAUGAGGUUUGCGUUAAUCUAAAUAACUUGUAUAACACUCACCCAAUAGAGACCAGCGUUCUAAAGAACAAGCUCAAGGCUCUUCGCGAGAGACAGCAGAACUAUCAGGGGUUACCGCUUACUACUCCAAGAGACCAGGAGUCGACACAUAGAACCAAGGCCUUGUACUCCAGCAAUCCUGACGCAGACUCUAACCAAUCCUCAACUGCUAGUGGCUAUGACUCGAUCCAAAUGUCCUUUAGUACGCUCAAAGUGCACAACACAGCAAGCUUGCAUUCUCCGGCAAAACCAUCAUCAAGGGGCAGACACAUGCCAAGUUCCUAUGCAGCUGGCAUGCAAAAAACAUCUAUGGUUCGCCCCCAGUAUCAUUCUCUCACAAAUACUCUUCAGAGUAACUUGCACUCAUCGUCGCUAGAGCCUCUGGUCUUGAAGAAAUUUGGUGAGCUGGGAUCGUUUCCGGAAUCCAACCACUCCUUGCUCGAUGAAGCACUCCCCUCCAAAUCCACUAAUGUUCCGUUUCUGGGUGCGGCUCAGGAGUUUUUCGGAAAGGAAUUUGAUGAGAAAUACUAUUUAAAUGCAGAUCUGCGGGAUAGAAACAACAAAAGUAAAAGAGGAGAUCCUAAAGCUGCUAUGUCGCUUGCAACCCGCAGAGCCAUCUUUUGGAAUGCGGCAUUGACCCUGUACAUGUAUGAGUACUGUAUAGAGUUGUGCAAGAUUUUGUAUGUGCUGUGUCAGUAUUCACCGCGGUUGAUAAUGAACCUAACCGCCCUGGGCCUUCCUCCGUUGAUGAAAAGGUUAAUAGAUUUUAAAAUCUCCAAUUCUAUUACUUUUGUAGAAUCAAUCUCUGAUUUUUUUAGAGCGAUAAAAAGUCAAACAUGUGAGGCAGUUAAUUCCGAAUCACGGGGCUUCAAGUUCAUGCGGCACAGCCAAGACGCCCAGACCACGCUACAGAAUGAUACUAUCAGCACAGCCAGAUCCGGUCGUGUUAACGGCCAAUUCGAUUCAGGUACAACCACCAAUCAAAAAUCCCAAAUACAGCACGAUACAAUCAGAUCUCUUGACUGCCAUCUCACGACGCAUUUAUUUCUAACAUACACCACGCUGAAGAAUCAAAACACUGACGACAAGUAUGCACUGAAGAGUUUCCUGGGAGAAUUUAAAGCAACAGCUGAUCGGACGCUUCUAGCAUUUCGUAGCUUUACGUACUCAUCUCUGCCAAUCAACGUUGGGGCAGAUAGAGUAAGUGAAAAGGACAAGGAACGCCCAAAAUACUCAGCUAGGAAGGGGACUAAAGACUAUUAUGAAAUAAUCCACAGUACCACAGUACCGGCGAGAUCUUACGCUCACCUUCUGCAGCUCCCCAACGUUCCCAGAUUUUCAUGUACCUCAAAGACACUAGAAAAUGACCAUGCUGGCUUGUCUCACUACCCAUCUAUGCUAACCGGUCGCGAAACCCCGAGCAUUGUGCCCACUAAUAUCCCUACCGUUGUGCCUAUUGUUGAUAAAGAUACGGGUCAUACGAAUUCGUCAAUCUAUGGUGAAGAUUCAUGCGUAGGCUUCCAAAUAGACCCCUCUGCGGCAGACUCGUCACAGAAACUAGUUUCGUACCCCUGUGACAAAGAUGCACUGAUCAAUGUGCUCCAGGGUGAGACGCGGACCGUGGUCUCUGAUCUUCUGCAGGUGUUUAUUGACGGAAACUUUGCAUCUGCAGAGUUCAUUUCCAUAGAUUACUGUCUCAUCCUACACUCUCAGAUUUUGCAGCUGUGCGACUGCCUCCUGUCUACCAAGGAUGCACGCUUUGUUAUUCAAGUCAUUGGCAUAAUUUAUAAGCUGGUGUUUAAAGACAAGACAUCUAAAGCACGGAAGGUAGGUAUUCUCAACUCCAAGUUCUUGACCGAUGAGAGAGAGGUCCUUGAUCACGUGGUAAAACUGUAUCAACUAGACUCUGUCCUCCCAUCUGAAAAGGCCGUAUCCACCAAAAAUAGCCGGGUAGGCUCCACGUCUGCCAUUCAGCCAGCAAAGUCCAUAAUGGAAAUACCGACAAUCUCAACACAAUCCUAUGCAACGAUAUUAAUAACUGAAAAUGCAUACGAGUACAUUGCAAAAUCGCUUAACAUUCUUCUGUUCUGGAAGCUCCUGCCCCCAAUCUUAGAGGGUUCGCCCUACAAUUACCCCACCUGUGAAGUCCAGGUCAUUGGCCAGCGAGUCGACUGGAACAAUCCCUUUGACUUGGACCUUUCUGGGGAGACUAGCGAUAGACUCCGGUCAAUAUUCUUUGCUGAUAAGGGCAAGGACUAUAACGAAACCAAAUUAAAGUACUAUUUGAGCAUAUUAGCAAUGAAUGAGAAGAGGAUCCAGGCUCUAGAGCAGGGUAUCGAGGUAUACACUAAGCUGGUAGACCUGGACUAUGCACACAUCAUCUUCUCCAAGGACGUUUUGAAAACCUACAUCAACUUUAUAAGCUGCGUCUUGAUGAGUUGUCUACCAGCUUCUUACACAGCCUCUCCCCUAAGCAACUACUCUUCUACCUCUUUGCCCUAUCGCAUACACACGAUUGUUACCACGUUCUUUGCUUCACUGCGAAAAUUUGUUCUCACACCGGAUUUUGUGCAAUCUCUUACAUCACAGACAAUUGACAUACUGGUAGAUUUGUUAAUAAACAUUCAGAACUACCGAACAGACGACAUCUUGGACUCGGCCACCUAUCUCUGCCACAGCAUCAUCCAGUUUCCGGAGAUACACGCCAUUGCACUCAAUAAGGGCCUCAUACCUGUGUGCUAUAGGAUUAUCUACGGCAGCCUGACGCCAGUCAUCGAAGGAGAUGCUAGCAGACCACAUUCUCAACGAUCUUCUCCACGGAAGCCAUCCAAGAAGAUGACAUCUCAAGCACCGGAGGCAUCGUCAUCCUACUCCCCGUCGCCCAUAACAGAGUUCUCUGGUAACGUAGUUGAGCUGGCGAUGGAGAUAAUACUUAGAACGUCUGCGCUGCGGCCGACAAAGCGCUUCCCAAAUCAACAAAAACGGCAAAACCGGUUGAUGGUCCCCUACCAGAGUCUUUUGGAAAAGAUCUUCAAGGAGUUCUCUACCGUUGAAGAUGGAAGGGAGCAAUGGCUGUCAAAAAUAUUCAAUCUUGCUGCAACAUAUCCCAACAAAGUGCUCUGUCUACUUAGCUGGUUCUUUGAUUGCUCUAAAUAUAGCCACAUACAACAGUCCUGGCGGAGAAUUAUCAACGUAAUCGUCUCCCCCGCUAAUCUGGCCAAGCUCUCUGUUCUGCUGAGUACUGAAAAGAUCGCAUCCGAGGUGAUAGGCGACUUGACGCGGUUUAUUAAGCAGCACGAAAGCAUUCCACAAUUUUUGUCGUCAGAUCAGCAGUUCCUCCAGAGACUAUUCGUCAAUCUCCGCGCAAGCAAGCAGAACACGACGCGGAAGGGGUGUAUGGAUAUAUUUGAGCAUAUCUAUCUGCAUUCGUCUCACCCACGGCAGCUCAUCACCAGAUAUAAUAUUAGAAAACUGAUGAUUGUUCUGUCUUAUGAACGGCCGGCUACUGAGAAUGGCACAGACGGGCACGCACGAACAGCCCUGGCGAUGAAGGCCCAGACCUUCCUGACAUACAUUCAAUCGUUUGAACUGAUGCAGUGA